AUGGGGCUCCGGGACCUCGAGGAGCAGACGGGGAACCAGGAGAUCCAGGAGAAGAUGGGAAAGUUGGGCCAAUGGGCCCUCGAGGGCCCCCCGGGAGCAAAGGAAGCUCCGGAGACAAAGGAUCGAAGGGAGAGCGUGGAGACGGACAGCCAGGGCCUCGCGGCCCCCCAGGACCCCCUGGGCCCCCAGGACUGGGCAGCAGUGACCGGCCAACAUUUUUGGAUAUGGAAGGCUCUGGAUUUGCUGACAUGGUCAAAACCCGGGGUCUCCCUGGUGUACCAGGGCCUCCAGGCCCCCCUGGUCCCCCUGGCACAUCAGUCACUUUUGGAGCCAAUGGUCCAGUGGCUGUUGGACCUCCUGGACCUCCUGGACAGGAUGGAGUGCCUGGUAUUCCUGGACCCCCUGGCCCUCCUGGACCUUCAGGUCAACCUGGACUCAGAGGAGAGAAGGGAGACUGUGGAGAUGUCAGCUCUUCAGGAGCUCGGCAGAAGGGAGAACAAGGAGGUCCUGGGCAGCCAGGCACUCCAGGCCAGAGCGGUUUGGCAGGUCUCCCAGGACCAAUGGGACCAGUGGGACCUCCAGGACCACCAGGACCUCCAGGCCCCCCCUAUGAUGCCUAUGGCGGUGGUGUGGGGCUUAAUGCGAUUUCAACGAGCGGAGGCCCAGGGUCCUCCUGGUGCACCCGGCCUGACGGGAAAACCUGGUUUGCCUGGUAACCAUGGAGACAAGGGUGCAGAAGGCCCUCGGGGCCCCCCUGGGGUCCCCGGCAUGGACGGCUUUCCCGGACAGGAAGGUGCUAAAGGAGACCGAGGACCCAAAGGGGAAACGGGUUUACCAGGGCGAGAAGGUGGUCCACCUGGACCUCCAGGACCUCCUGGGCCUCCAGGAUAUAUCAUCUAUCAACCAGGAAGUGAUUAUAAUGACCAGUUUUGGAGCGAAGGGUCGGAAGAGGAGGGGAGAGUUGGUGGAGCCGGAAGAGCAGGAGUCCCGGGCCUCACGGGACAGAAAGGUGACAAGGGGGACGUGGGGGCUCCUGGAUAUGCCCCAAAGGGGGAGAAGGGGGAGCCUGGCAUCAUCCUGGGACCGGACGGGCGACCCAUGUACCUUGGUGGACUGUCGGGAAAACCGGGGGAUCCAGGGCCCCCAGGACCCCCAGGACCCGAGGGACCCCCAGGCCCAUAUGGACCUGUAGGUCAGAAGGGAGAGAUUGGUUUCCCUGGUCGUCCGGGCCGUCCUGGACUGAACGGGGUCAAAGGAGAGAGAGGGGACUCCAGCGGAGGAUACUCCUUGCCUGGGCCUCCUGGUCCACCCGGGCCUCCUGGACCACCAGGGCCCCCUACUCCUUAUGUCAACACACACGGGGGCUAUGAAGACCCGUCCAGGUACUACCCAGCUACAAAAGGAGACAAAGGAGAUCGUGGGGAGCCAGGUUACCCAGGCCAGCCAGGAGCGGGACCCCAGUUUGACAUCCACACACUGAGGGGACAUCUCAGAGGAGAGGCUGGGUCUAAAGGAGAGAAAGGAGAGCCCGGCGGUGGUGGGUACUAUGACCCUCGCUAUGGCGCUGGUUUUGGACCUCCAGGAGCCCCCGGGCCUCCGGGCCCUAAAGGAGACUCCAUCAUCGGCCCACCGGGCUUUCCAGGGCUUCCUGGACCUCCGGGGCGCGGCAAUGAUGGCCGGCCAGGACCUCCAGGGCCCCCUGGGUCUCCAGGAUCAACAGUGUCUGUGGAUGGACGGGGAGUGCAGACCAUCAGCAUCCCUGGCCCACCAGGACCCCCUGGAGCACCGGGUACACCAGGGCAUUCUUCAGGGGUCACAGUUCUCCGCUCCUACGACACCAUGAGGGCCACAGCCCGGGGGCAUCCCGAAGGGUCUCUGGUCUACGUCCUGGACCAGACCGACUUGUACCUCCGGGUCCGAGACGGAGUCCGCCAAGUCCAGCUCGGGCGCUACAUCCCUCUCCCUCUCGAAGACGGAAACGAGGUUGCUGCCGUGGUCCCCCCUCCAGUUGUCCCCUACUCUCCAGACGGCAGGUAUAGCUCCCAGCCAGAGCCCCACCACCCAUCCCAGUCGGACCCUCACUAUCCCCACCACCCCUCUCAGCCGGACCCUCACUAUCCCCACCACCCAUCCCAGUCGGACCCUCACUAUCCCCACCACCCCUCUCAGCCGGACCCUCACUAUCCCCACCACCCCUCUCAGCCGGACCCUCACUAUCCCCACCACCCCUCUCAGCCGGACCCUCACUAUCCCCACCACCCAUCCCAGCCGGACCCUUACAAUCCCCAGUACCCUUCUACCUCGAACCCUCAGCACUCUCCUCACCCAGACCCCCUGCCCCCGUCCCAGCCGGAUCCCCGAUACCCCUCCCAGUCUGAGCCUCGAUACCCUGCUCCCACUGAUCCUCGUUUCCCCAGCUACACGGAGCGGGUCCACCAGCCGGACGGCAGGGACACGGUCCACACAACUCAUGAGCGGGGCUACCACCCUGUGAACCCUCAGAGACCACCCCAGCGACCCCCUGCCCAGGAGCAGCACCAGCACUCUGGAGGACCAGGGCUCCACCUGCUGGCCCUAAAUAGCCCUCACACUGGGGCCAUGCGGGGGAUCCACAGGGCAGACCUGCUCUGCUUCAACCAGGCUCAGGCCAUCGGACUGAGGGGCACCUUCAGGGCCUUCCUGUCCGCCAAGCUCCAGGACCUGCAGAGUAUUGUACGGCAAGCCGAUCGUCAGAGUGUCCCCAUCCUCAACCUCAAGGAUGAGGUCCUGUUCGACCGCUGGGACGAUGUCUUCUCCAACGGCCGGAUGAAGGACGUCCCCAUUUACUCUUUUGACGGGAAAAAUGUCGAGACUGACAGUACUUGGCCCCAGAAGCUGGUGUGGCACGGCUCCACAGCUGAGGGCCGACGACACAUGGACAGUUACUGUGAGACGUGGAGAGUGGGGGACGCGGCUCUGACCGGGAUGUCCUCCUCUCUGGAGAGUGGACAGCUCCUUCAGCAGACCUCCAGCAGCUGCUCCAGCCCUCUCAUCAUCCUGUGCAUUGAGAACAGCUACCACCCCAGCUCAUAG